UGUUUUCUUGUUUACGGAAACGAGAAGAAAUGAGAGAUGGAGCUGCUUCAACAUUUUAGCCAUGAACAUCCGCUGAUUUUCAAUGAAGAGCAAGGCCAUGAAAGUGAGGAGCAGGCUUAUUGCUCAGGAUGUGGGGAGCUGGUGUCGGGUCCAAGCUUCAGCUGUGUGGAGUGUGGGUUUUACCUUGACAAGAAGUGCGCCGAGGCACCUUCACAGCUGAAUCACCCCUUUCAUCAUAACCACAGCCUUAAUCUUCUAGCAAGCUCGCCAUAUGAUGCAAGUCUGUCUGUUAUUUGUGAUUUCUGUGACGAAAUAUGUGACAGGUUUGUUUAUCAUUGUUCUUGUGAAUUAGACCUUCAUAUCAAAUGUGCUUUGUUUUCAUAUAACAUUGCUGAAAAAAGAAUUGGAGAGAUUCAACAAAUUUCCACCAUGGAUCCAUUGAUCUCUAAGGAAAAUGGUGAUGAAGAACUCGAAGGAGCUGAGUGCUUUGCAUGUUGGAAGCCAUUACUAGAUUCUGUGUAUUUAUCUCCUGAUUGUGGAUUUUACCUACAUGCCAAAUGUUUAGAUCCAUGUGCAGUCAAUCACCUUCCCCUCCAUGAACAUCCUCUUAUUUUACAGUUUAACAGUGAACUUCUCUAUUGCAAGAUAUGCCAAGAAACCCAACGUAGGGGAUUUGUUUAUUGUUGUUCAAUUUGCAAGUUUGCUCUUCACAUUGAAUGCGGGUCACCACCACCAAUUAUUGAAGAUAAAAGUCACCAACACCCUUUUGUCUUAUUUUGUAGACGUGUCUCAUUUAUUUGUGAUGCAUGUGGCACUGAAGGGAAUUAUGUAUCCUACAUUUGUUCUACAUGUGGCGUUAUAGUUCAUAGAAAAUGUAUUUCAUUGCCACGCACCCUCAAACACCCAAGGCAUUUUGAGCACCCUAUUUCCCACACCUAUUUCCUUGGGCAAGAUAAGUUUAAAUUGUCGGAAUGCAGAAUUUGCCAUAUAGAGGAUGUGAAUUCAAAGCAUGGAAGCUACUCUUGUUUAGAUUGCGAUUAUAUUGUCCAUGUGAAUUGUGCAAUAGAAGAUUAUAAGUGGUACAAAUUUGACGAGUUAGAUGAGAAUGUUGAAGAAAAUUCAGAAUUGCAACCAUAUGCUGUUGUUGAGGAGACUAAAGAUGGAGAAAAUGUGAUAGCUAUCGAGAUAAAACAUUUUAGCCAUCAACACAACUUAAUCUUUAGCAAUGAGAUCAAGGAUGAUAAAUGUUGUGACGGUUGCGUGCUAUCCAUCUCUACUUCUUAUUAUUAUUGUUCACUGUGUAAUUUCUUUCUCCACAAAUCCUGUGCUGAAUUACCAAGAAAGAAGCAUCUCUGGUUUCACGAUCACCCAAAGCUUCAUCCACUUACUUCAGGCUACAUUUUCCGAUGUGUAAUUUGUGAGUGUGAAACUAGUGGUUUUGCCUACACUUGUGCUAAAUGCAAGGACUACUUUUGCCUUCGAUGUGCUGUAUUUUCUGAUAGCCACAAGUGUCAAGGACAUGAACACGUCCUCCCUUUUUAUGAAGAUUAUCAAGGGUUGUGUAAUGCCUGUGGUGAGUCUACAACAUGUGCAUACAGAUGCAAGAAAUGUGAUUUCUCUUUGCAUGAUACAUGUAUCAAAUUACCACUUAAAGCUCAACACAAAUCUGAUGUGCAUCACUUCACACUCACUUAUCAUGAUGGUAAUAAUUAUUCAGAAUCUCAUUAUUGUGAUAUUUGUGAAGAAGAAAGAAAUCCAAACCAUUGGUUUUAUUAUUGUGCAAAAUGUGACAAUUCAGCUCAUCCCAACUGCCUUCUUGAAAAAUACUCAUUUAUCAAGCUUGGGAGCAUCUACACAAAAGGAGAUCAUUCACACCCUCUCACUUUUGUCCAGAAGGUUCAUUAUUAUCCAAAAUGCCAUGAUUGUGGUGAGCCCUGCCUUGAUCUAGCUCUUGAAUGCAGAACAAUUGGAUCCAACUAUAUUGUUCAUUGGGAAUGUAUAAAAUAUCAAAAAGUUGGAAGAUAAAAAUAUUAUUGUUUGCCAAAAUAAUUAUUGUUGUUCAAGCAGCGAUGAGACAAAUAAGCAGUUUGAUGAUGGCACUGAAAUAUGCUGCUUUGCAUGGUUGUUCCUAAACUAUUUGUAAUUAUUCUGUGUUAAGUAUUUGUGUCCUUAUUUGGUUAUCGUCAUAUGAGAAUUUCCAAAAUUCUGACUUGAUAGAGGUAAUGUAAUUAGAAUUAGUUUAUGAUAUUUCUAUUACAUAUUUGAGCAUUGGAAGAUUGCUUGGUAUCUAUAAAGUUCUCUAUUUUUCAACUCAA